AUGGAGGACGAUGGGAGCCGUCUGGGGGUCCAACCCCUUUUCGUUCUCGUCAAUCCACAGACGGGCGUCCCCGUCGCACGCCCUGGCCAAUCUGUCUGGGUUCUCUAUCACCGGCCUCAGCCGGCUUGUGGAGAUAUCUCUGUCUCUUCUAGCGAAUCCUCUCCUCUCACAAACGCAUCUUCCUCUCCUUCCUCUUCUUACUCUUCUUCAUCUUCUUCCUGUUCAUCUCCCUCUUCUGCUUCUUCUUCCUCUUCAUCUUCCUCUUCGUCUUCCUCUUCAUCUUCCUCUUCAUCUUCUCUGUAUAGCUUCCCUUUGACGGAAGGUGGAAGCGAGAACCGUGGCGGUGGCAGUCCGUCUCGGCGGACGCUGUUGGCUGCGGGCGAGGGCGUUUCGUCUCAGUCCUCGACGCCGGUUUCUUCGCACGCCUCGUCGGCUUUCUCUUCUCCGUGUUUGCCUGCGUCCUCCUUCGUGCCUCCCUUUCGUCGCGCCUCAGCCGCUUCCCCAACCUCGGCCCCGGCGCCCGCCCCCACAGCGCGGCAGCUUCUCUUUGCGCACCAGUGGCGCUUAAAUCUGGCUGUUCUUCGAGAGGCUUUCGACGUUUCGUCGCUCUUCGCCUGUCUACCGGAGGGCGCCCGCGAGGCUUCUUCCAAGAACUCGCGUCCUUCUGCGCGGACGUCUUGCCUGUCCCCCGCCUCGCUCUCGCGCGUUGCACUGGCCGCGCAAAACGCUGCAGAGCGCAAAGGAGCCUCUCAGAAAGCUGCCGCCGUCGCCUCGCGAAGAGGGAGAACCAGGGGAGAAGACAAGCGAGAGAAGAAGGCGAGAGAAGAUGAGGGAGAAGAAGCGGGAGACGAAGCGGGAGAAGAUGAGGGAGAAGAAGCGGGAGAAGACGCGAGAGAGGAGGACAGGGACGCGAGAGUGGAGAGAUUGAUGAGGGUUUCGAGGAGAAAGGUGGCGAUGAAGUACGCGUUUCUGUUGAACAGAAAACACGACAAAGAGGACGAGACGCGACGCAAAGAUGCAGAACCUAAAGAGAACAGAGACGGGAACCGAUCAGGAGAAGCCGCGUUCUUCCGAGAAGACAACGCGAGCGAGAGGGAAGAGAGAGAAGACGAGAGAGAACAAGAGAGAGAAGAACAGGGAGAAGACAAAGGGGAAGAAAUGGAACUGCGAGAAAGAGAAAAGAAACAAAAAGCAGAGUUGUAUCUGAGGCUGGAAGCAUGGAAUUGGGGUGCUCGUGCGAAGGAGCACCGAGACGUGCUUCGCAAAGUCCAGGCAGAGCUCGACGAAUCUCUCCACCAGCAGCAGAUUGCCUUGGCGGAAACUCAGGGCUGUACGUACAGACUUCCCAAAUUACUGUGGCGAGCGUUGGCGGAGGCGAAGGAGUACGAGCGGCUUUUUCAGUCGUUUUCGCUGGAGGAAGCUAACAAACUUUACGGUCGCCGAGACGUUUUUGCAGACUGGCAAAUCGAGAACCAGCGGCUGCGGCGCGCCUUCCUCGCUCAGUUGCAGCACCAGAACGCGAUGCUUCAGCGCGCACGCGCCGCCCCCGCGCCGCUGCCCCAGGGCGCCGCGCCGCCGCCGAAGCCUGGCGCAGAGGCCGAGAAACUCGCUUCUGGCCUGCGCGACGAGCUGUUGCCUGCGCAACACCCAAAAGACGCGAAACCGCGUGCGACUCGAGCACGAGACAGAGGCAGAGAGAAAGACGAAGAGGAAGUCGAAGAAGACAGAGAAGAACAGAGAGAAGAAGACGACGAAGACAGAGAAGAAAACGAAGAGGAAGGGGUGUCUCGAGGGAAGCAGCAGGGAGGAGAAGCUGCGCUCCGUGGCCGGCUGGAGGCUGCCAGACGACGGGAGGUCCGGCUGCGCUACCGCCAGGCGCGGUUGCGGCUCGCCAUUGAAGAGGCGCUUCACGCUCUCCUGUACGCCUCUUCGUCUCCUUCUUCCUCGUCUUCUCCAUCCUCGCGUCGUGGGAAUCUGGCGAAGAGCGGAGGUGAAGGGCAAGUGAGAAAGGGGUCUAGAGAAGGAGCAGCGUUGCUUCUUCGCAGACUGCUCGCCAACCUAGAGGAUUCUCGGUCUCGGUCCCGAGACGGCGAACCCGAGGGGGGAGACUCCGACGCCUCGCCCGCCGCGUCGGCGAAUUUCGCCGCCUCUCCCGGCUGCGCUUCCGCGGCUCAUUGCUCCCACGGCCGACCUGGAAAGGAGGCGCAGGUAGGCGCGCUGCCUCGCCUUCUCACCUCUGCACAGUGUGCGUCCCCAUGCGGAGGCAAGGCAGAAGGCCAGCCGGAAGACGGAACGGCAAGUGGCGAAGAGGAAGACAACGACUGCAGCGACGACGAGAAGCUGGGUGGAAACCAAGAUGCAGGCCGGGAAAAGAGCAGCGAGGAAGCCGCAGAGAGGUCCGAAGGCGGAGCCUGCGGGGAGGCACAUGCCUCGACUGGGUCUACCAUGUGCUCGAGACGGAGAGAGCGAGGAGGCGAGCGACGCGAGAGAGACGGCGAGGGAGGACAGAAGAGGGGACCUGUCUCUCCGGUUUCCUCUGGCCGGCGGAAGAGGCGAAGAGAGGAGGGCGAGGCGAACGGAAGGUGCGAACGGGGUGCGUCGCCUGACAGAAAGGCAGUGCUCGAGGCCCCGCGCCGUGGAGGAGACGGCGUCGGCGCGGGCUCGAGAAGAGGGCGCGGACGCGAAGCCGAGGCGGCGCCGAAGCAGGAAGAGACAGGGAGCGAGGUGAAGGCUGACUCGUACGCGUGUUUGGAAAGAAGACGAAGUGAAGAGAGGACAAGCCUGUUCGGUGGAGCCCCGGACGGCGCCCCGCGCCGAGCACCGGAGAGGCUGAGGAAGGAGGGUUCCGACGAAGCGACGCAGAAGCCAGAGGAAGAAGACCCGACGUUGAUGCUGAUGCUGAUGAGUGAAGAAGAGAGACGGCCUCGGCGGAGCGUAAGCCACAGCAGCUCUUGCCCCUUGGAGAACGGGUCUCGGCCCGAUUGGGCAAAGUCGCUCUUGCCGUCGCCUUCCCGGCCAUCGUUCUCGUUUGCAUCUUCCUCGUCGCUGGGUCUCGCGAGCCGCGCGCUCGCGCCUUCGCAGACACGCGAGCAUCCAGGCGGGCACAACCCUCCGCGGGUGUCUCCCGCGGAGCCUCCCUUCUCCGCCUCGCCCCUCCGCGGGAGCGACCGAGCCCUCAAAGCAGAGUCCGAAGAAAACGGCGAGGGCGAGGAAAACGAUUCAGGAGAGAAGAACGAUUCAGGAGAGAAGACCGAUUCAGGAGAGAAGGACCGGAAAGUGGAUGACCGACGUCAGGGUGGUGUAGACCCACAGUUGAGGAGAGGACGGCGAGGAAAGCAGCGAGAAGAGAAGCGCGAGACUGUGCACACGCACCGAGGCACCGAUGCGAAUCCCAAUGACGCCAGCGGUCUGCAUGCGUCGCUUGAUGCGACGCCCACCGAAGAGAAGGAAGAGGAAGCGGAUUUGGAGGCGAGACGCGAACACGCUGAAGGCACCGAAGACACCGGAGACGGGGAGAGUCGCGCACUCGAGAAAGAGCAGCGGGGAGCCUCGACUUGCUUGAAACCCUGUGCGCGAGACAGAGAGGCGAGCGGGGUCGAGCGCGGCGACAGUGGUGAGGCCCUGAGAGAAGGCAGUGCAGAGGAAUUUGGAGAAGAGAGCGCAGGCGCUUCCAGCGACGGUCUCAGAUCUUCGCAGAGCACUGGAGAACCGAGCAAGACCCCAGAUGCGUCCAAUCGACACAGCAACGACGCGUCGUCGGCUUCGUGCUUCGCGUCAGCCCACGAGCACGUGGCAGGCGCCGAGGGGAGAGAAAGCCCGCGCGAAGCGUACGAGGACGCCGUGCAAGUGGACCAAUUCGGGAAAUACGCAGCGCUCUUGAAGAGCUGGGAAACCGUGAUGGGCGAAGCUGUGCCGGCGCAGCUCCUCUGGCUCGACGAGACCCGACCUGACCGACCCGUGCGCCCGCCAAGCCAAGACUCGUACAGAGACGGCAGCCUCUUCAUCGAAUGCUUGCACGUCGAGUCGAACUUCUUUCGCUUGCUCCACCGGUGCUUCGCUGCAUGCGGCGCAGCAGGAGGCCGCGGCCGCGCUUUGCCUCCUGAGCGUCUGCAGGCCUUCCGUGGGCAGAUUCUCGAGGAGAAUGCCGAGCUCUACACGAUGAAGAAACAGCUGGAUGCGAGUCGGUACCGCCUGAUGAAACAAACGAAACUUUUCCUUGCUCAGGCGAACUCUCAAUUCAGCAACUUCCAUCAAUUAAAGAGAGGAUACCGACUCUUAAAUCUCCUCGGCAAAGGAGGCUUCGCCGAAGUCUGGGAGGUUUUCGACCCGUUGACGUGCGACGUCCUGGCCGCCAAGCUUCACGUCUUGUCUUCCGUCGAAAAGGAGAGCGCGCGGUGGCACAUUGUGAAGCGAGUUCAAAACGAGAUCGAAAUCCACAAAGACAUUCUUCCUCACCCUCACAUCGUGGAAAUGAAGGCAUGUUUUGAGAUGGGAAACGACGUCCUCGCCAGCAUCCUCGAGUUCUGUGAAGGUGGCGACGUGGACCAUUUCCUGAAACUCACCGGCACCCUUCGGGAGUCCCUCGCCGCCGAGUGGACACGCCAGAUUCUAGAAGCGCUUCUCUACCUGAAAAGGCAGCCUGUCGGGGUGAUUCACCAUCUGGACAUCAAGCCUGGCAACGUUCUGUUGCAGCGGGGGAAGUGCAAACUGGCGGAUUUCGGUCUGUCGCGAGUUGUGCCGCGCGGCGCUGAACAGGGCGCGCCCGAGGCCGUUUGGGAGGGCGGAGGCACACUCUGGUACCAGCCGCCCGAGUGUCUCAUCUUCCAGCGCCGGCGCCAUAUGAAGCGAAACUGUGCGCCCGACGCGGGACGAAAGGCCCCGCCGAAGCCGGCGUCGCGGAGCCAGGCGUCCUCGCUGGGCGAGCUCCGGAGGCCUCGACGGGGCUCGCGGCCCGCCGACGCUCGCGAGGCCGCCCCGAAGAACGCGCGGAGACGCGGUGAAGAGGCGCGAAUCCGCGAAGACGAAGAGCGAGAGCGAAAAGCGAGUCUGCUGGCGCUAGCAGACACAGACCUGGAAGCCUUCUUCCGAGCUCUCCCCGUCGUCCGCUAUGUUCCUCUCGAUGAUAAGAUCGACAUCUGGGCAGUGGGAUGCAUCCUCUACGAAAUGUUGUUCAACAAACGCCCGUUUGGACCUUCACCUGCUCAAAACACCACAGACCCCACACUUGCACUUAUUCGCGACGCCUUUCGCGGCCCAGAGUUCCCAGGCCGCCCCGCAAACAGAGAGGCUCCGAAGAAAAGAAGAAAAAUCCAAGAGGCUGCCGACGGCGAAAACAACGAAAAGGCUUCCAGUUCUCACGACGGUGAUGAGAAACUCGAACAGUCAGAGGAGUGCCUCGAUCUGCUGGCGCGGCUGCUCUCGUAUGACCCAGCCGGGAGGCCGACAAUUGAAGAGGCUCUUGAUCACCCUUUCUUUGCGCAGCAAGGAGGGGACUUGAGAGAGGACGAAUCCUCUGCCAGCAAGGAUCCUGCAAGCGCAGUGAUCUUCGCGGAGCUUGACGCGCGCGUUCGCGCCUUGGAAAAACAGACGAUCACGGGCGCACUCGACAGAGAAGACGAAGAAGAAGAACGGUAUCUGAAAGAGGGCCUGGCAGUGAGGCACAAACUCUGA